AUGGGGAAAAUACAGGGCUCGGUCCCUGGUAGCGAGGCUGGGUGUGUCAAGUCCGCUUGUCAUUCUCGGCUGGUAACCACUCACAAACAUAACCGCGGCCGCAGUCGCACCAACACGGGAAGAGUCAAAUCGUCAAUGGACGGGAGCACGGUGCCGCCACGCGGCCCGGCAAUCGAUGCCUCGAGCGCCUUCAUACUUCUCAUCACCAUCUUUGCCUUUUUCUUGCCCAUCCUCCUCUACUUCCCGCCAGUGCCCCCAUCCAAACGCGAUGCCCUCCUUGAAACACACACUCAAGUCGGCCUCAGCCCCUCAGAAUCCGGCCUAAAAGGACACCACUCCAAAGCCAAUAACAGCAACGGCAGUGACAACAACCCAACCUCCAAAAUCCGCAGCCUCUUUAUCUACCCCCUCAAAUCCUGCCGCGGCAUCGAGGUCCGCCAAAGCAAGGUCCUACCCACGGGCCUAGAAUUCGACCGCCUCUACACCUUCGCCCAGCUCAAGAGCCCCUUCCCCCUCGCCCUCCCCUCCCCCAGCCAGGACCAGGACCAGGACAAGUCCACGGAAAAGGAAAAAGAAGCCCACACCUGGCACUUCAUCACGCAGCGCCAAUUCCCGCUCCUCGCCACCAUCCGAGUCGACCUCUUCACCCCGGACCCGCUCAAAACCCGCGUCGUCGGCACGACACCACCACCACCACCACCAUCAGCAUCAGCAUCCGCAUCCGCAUCCGCACCCUUCCUCCUCGUCCGCUUCCCCUGGCGCGAGCGCGGCCUGCGGGGCUUGCUCGGCUGGGUGGGCGCGAAGCUGGCGCGGGGGUGGCGCGCGCAGCCCGAGCGCGAGUUCGUGCUGCCCGUGGCGUAUCCGACGGCGGAGGAGAUCGCGGCGCGCGGGUACGGCGAGGGGGAGGAGGUCGUGGUGUGGCGGGAGACGGUGCGUGCGUUGGAUAUGGGGGUCGAGGUGCCGGAGGAGUUGGCGCUGUAUUUGGGGGUGAGCAAUCGGUUGGGGCUGUUUCGCGUGGAUCCCGGGAGGCUGAGGGAGGUGUUUCGGUGUGCGCCGAGGAGGGGGGAGGCUGGGUAUCAGCCGGUGACGGGGUUUCAGGAUGCGUAUCCGCUGCACCUCUUGAACCUGACCAGCGUUCGAGAUUUCGAGGCCAAGAUCGAAAAGGACGAGGCCCUCCGGGAGCUGGACCCCAGGAGGUUUCGGGCUAAUAUCAUCGUGGACGGCGAUGACAGCCCCUACGACGAAGAGACGUGGAAGAGGAUCCGGUUCAGACCGGGGCCCAGCAGUAAGCGUGACGCUUCGGAGUUCCAUGUGUCUUGCCGAACCGUCCGCUGCAAGCUGCCCAAUGUCGACCAGGAUACUGGCUCUCGGCAUCCUAUGCAGCCAGACAGGGCUCUGAGGAAGUUCAGAGAGGUUGACGAAGACUUGGGCCGCGCCGGCGCGGGGGCAGAAGGAGUAUUGUUGGUGCCAACAGCGGUGGAGGUUGCUGCGGCUGGAGGGGCUAUAGUGUGGGUGGUUUGUUAA